AUGGCGUCCGGCGAGUCCUCUGAACUUCCGCGUCUGGUGACUAUCAUCAAGACUUUGACUAUCCCACAGCUAAAAGAUCUCUUGCGCAAUGAGGGUCUUCCAGUUUCCGGUUUGAAGGCGGCUUUGCAAGUGCGCAUUAUCGAUUGUUUGUCUUUCCCCCAUCCCUUCUCCGUUGCCCGUUCCCCUCAACCUUAUCUUGCGCGCACUUGGAUGUCCUCACUCCGAACGAGCGUCUUUGUCUCUCAAAUGGCAACAAUGUCCGGUUCGACGCCCUCCGCCGGCGUAUUCUACAGACGCAUAUACCUGGAUCGACAGUCUUCCAGGCGAACCCAAGCCCCCCCGUAUCAGCACGCACCCGCUGCACAACAGACCCCCUCUCAGCCACGAUCUACACUAGGGAACUCUAUGUCACCACAUCCACAUACUUCUGGUGCUAUCAUCUUCAAAGACAGUCCCUUCUUCACUAUUCUCGCUCCUCUUACCCCAGUUGUGGAAUGCAAAAUUCGGGAACAGACCCGGGAUAGUGUAGAGCUGAAGGUGUUCCUCUCUCAGACACACGUCGCCGAGUUGGAGAAAGACCCCAACCUCCGAGUGAUGGUUUACUGUACUGCCGAUUCUGGGCUUAAACAGUUCACCAAAUCUGACAUUGCAUUCCCCCACCAAGUGGAGUUGAAAGCCAACUUGGAUGAAGUCAAAGCCAAUCUUCGGGGUUUGAAAAAUAAGCCAGGUACCACACAACCUGCAGAUGUCUCGAACUAUCUGCGCAGAAAAGUGAACUACCCGAAUAACAUUGUCAUGACAUAUGCAUUGACCCAAAAGAAAUUCUUUGUCUUAGCCAACAUGGUUAAACAACAUCCUGUGGAAGAACUCGUUGCCCAGUUGAAAUCUCGCAAGCUUAUCUCCAAGGAGCAGGUACUGCGAGAAAUGAAAAAUCGGGCAGAAGAUUCCGACAUCGUGGCAACAUCGAGUAUCAUGUCUCUCAAGUGCCCUCUAUCCACCCUCCGCAUCCAAGUUCCCUGUCGCUCUGUGGUCUGCACGCAUAACCAAUGCUUUGAUGCAUCAUCUUUUCUCCAACUACAAAAACAAGCUCCAACAUGGACCUGUCCUGUAUGCGCCAAGGCAACCAGCUUUGAGUCUCUACAAGUGGACCAAUAUGUGGAUGAAAUUCUCAAGUCCACUGAAUCAGACGUGGAUCAGGUCGUGGUAGAGCCGAAUGGAGACUGGUCUCAACCAGAUAAUUCCAAUGCGGCGAAGCUGGCUGGAACAACACCAACUACGGACGAUGACGAUCUCAUUGAGAUCAGUGAACCCAGUCUCGGCACAGUGAAGCAAGAGCCCAUAACUUCGAAUAUUCUCUUGGAACGGACACCGGCUCAGUCCAGAGAAACAUCAACCCCGUCCUCCGCCGUUCGAAUGUCCAGCAAGAAACGUCCCGCGCCGGUUAUCGACCUAACUGCUAGUGAUGAUGAAGAUGAUAUUAAUGAAUCCCCGGGUCCUCCAUUAAAACGGCCAAUACUAAACUUCGGCCGAGGGCCUUCAUCACAAGAUCUUCAUCAGCCGCCUGCCAGCAGUCCUUUAAAUGGACGACCUUAUCCCCCUUCACUUUAA